CGCUCCCUCUCCGCCUGCAUCCCGACCCUAGACCCGUCACCGUCCUCUUGCUUGUCCACCUCAGCACUAGCCGCCCGCCGCUCCAUCGCCUCGCCGUCGCUCCACCGCCAGUCCCUCGCAGACGUGCGCCACGGCGCCGCCAUGUCCUCCUCGCCAUCUGCGGGCGCGCUCGACGGGCUGCUGAACCCCGGCAAGAGCAGCGCCGGCAGUGCGACGGUGGCGCCCGCGCCGCAGCUGUCGUCCAGCGGCGGCGCAGCCCUGUCCUUCGGCUCGGCCGCACAGCAGACGCUCGAUGCCGACGCUGCGCCGACGGGCGCUCGCGCCGCCCGGCCGGCCUUCACGCCCGGCGCCUCGUCUGUCUUUGGCGUGCCAGGCGGCGCAGAAGCGACGCCGGCCGCCAUGGCCAGUCCGUGCUUCGUGCACUCGCACCUCGACUCGGCCGUCGGCGCCGCACGCAAGCAGCAGCAGGCGGCGCAGCACCAGCACACGCCGCCUUCUCCGCGCGGCACACACGCCCAGCAUCGUCGCCGCUCGCGCCCUCCGCCCUCGGACAAGGCUGGGCCAGCAGCGGCCGCAGCGGCGGGCUACUUUGGCACGGAGCACGCCGAGCGCUCGCACGUGCCAAAGAGCUCGACGGCUGCCGAGUCUGAGGAGGAUGCAGGCUCGCCCUCUUCCUCCGGCACAGAAGACGGCCGGCGGCAGAAGGAGAAGCGCCGUCCGCGCAGCCACCGCCGCGACCCGAGCCAUCGCGGCCCGCGCGGCGCUGCGGCACCAGAGAGUGGAGACGAGGAGCAUAGCCACAGCAGCGACGAGCAGGGCAGCAGCGACGGCAGCUACACGGUCUCGGGCAGCGGCAGCAGCUACGACGAGGAGGGCGACAGCGAGGAUGACCGCGUGCGCAGCUUGACGCGGCAGCUUGCCGAGACGGCCGUGGGCGUGCGGGAGAUGAGCAAGCAGCUUGGCCGCGCUCGCGUCAAGUCUACGAUCCAGUCGAUCCUGAUCAUCACCAAGGCGCGCGACAACCACCUCAUCACCCUCACGCGCGAGCUCGCCAUCUGGCUGAUGACGACGCCGCGCAACGGGCGCGAUACUGGUCUGGUCGUCUACGUCGAUUCGCAGCUGCGCAACUCGAAGCGCUUCGAUGCAGAGGGCAUCAAGCGCGACCAUCCGCGUCUCUUUGAGCCGGUGCCGCGGCAGCACUCGCGCCGCCCUUCCACGUUCUCAGGCGCCCCGGGCAAGGAGGCCGAUGCGGCAGGGCCGAGCUCGAGCAGUAGCAGCGUCGAUGGCUCGUGGUCGGGCAGCAGUGGCAAGGAAGAGGGCCAGCUGCGCUACUGGACGAGCGACAUGUGCAGUCGCACGCCGCAUCUCUUCGACUUUGUCGUCACGCUCGGCGGCGACGGCACUGUGCUCUUCUGCUCCUGGCUCUUCCAGCGCAUCGUGCCGCCAGUCAUGCCCUUCGCUCUCGGCUCGCUCGGCUUCCUGACCAACUUCGACUUUGCGCACUACGCCGACGUGAUGCGCUCGGCGCUGGACAAUGGCGUGCGCGUGAAUCUGCGCAUGCGUUUCACUGCGACGGUCUACCGGGCCACAUUGCCAUCUUCCACCACGGCGGACCGCAAGCGCAGACGUGCCAUCAAGUCUGGCAAGACGGGCGAGAUCAUCAUGCGCUCCAUCGCCCAGGGCGGCUGGGACCGCAUCGAGGGUCAGAUGCCCACCGGUCGAGACUUGCGCGGCCGCUACACCGAGGGCGGCGGCGGGCCUGCCUCCGAAGAAGAGCAGCGCGCUACGACGGCUGAAGCUGCAGAGGCGGAGAGCAAGGACUCGGGCUGUGCGCGCAAGGACAAGGAGGUCAUGUGCUUCAGCACUCGACCUGUCGAGACGUUCGAGGUGCUCAACGACCUGGUCGUCGAUCGCGGACCGAGCCCGUAUGUCAGCCUGCUGGAGGUGUUCGGCGACGAACAUCACAUGACGACUGCCCAGGCGGACGGCCUCUGCAUCUCGACUCCGACUGGCUCCACAGCCUACUCGCUCUCAGCCGGCGGAUCGCUCGUGCAUCCCGAAAUUCCUGCCAUCCUCAUCAGCCCGAUCUGCCCGCACACGCUCUCCUUCCGGCCAAUGCUCUUGCCCGACAGCAUGGAGCUGCGCAUUGCCGUGCCCUACAACUCGCGCAGCACGGCAUGGGCCAGCUUCGAUGGCAGAGGCAGAGUGGAGCUGAAGCAGGGCGACCACAUCAAGGUCACGGCCUCGCGAUACCCCUUCCCGACGAUCUGCGCCGAGAACCAGUCCGUCGACUGGUUCGAGUCCAUCUCGCGCACGCUCAAGUGGAACGAGCGGCAGCGGCAGAAGUCGUUUGUCGUCGUGGAAGAGGCGCGCGACGAAGGCUCGCCGAGCCGCGACGGCGAGUCUCGGCCCGGCACGAAGAAGGACGAGAAGCGCAGUUCGGCGGACAAGCCUGGAGCAGAAGAGCAAGCGCAGUCCUCGAAGAAGCCGGCGCCCUCGCCGUGUGUGGAGCUUGACGACGAGGACGAUGACGACGAAGACGACGCCACCGAGUCCGAGGCGUUUGACAUCGACGACACGAGCAACACGGCGACGCGCACCAACAGUCCCGACCCCGACCCGCCGGGCUCUGCGCCGCCAAACGGCCUGCACUCGCGGCGGCACUCUGUGCGGCGCCCCGUCUCUGGCGAGAAGCGGCCGCGGCACCAUCACUCCUCCUCCGGACUCUCGUCGCGCUCCCACCACCACAGCUCUGCGCCCGCGAGCCACCAGGCCUCGCACGAGAAUCUGGCGGCACGCGCAGGCCUGGCGCCCUUGACCAAGGCCUCGCGCUCUGCGAAUGGCAGCGACGAUGGCAAGAAGUCGUCGCCGGGCAGCGAGGAGUCGAGCCAGCAGGCCUCCUACCAGCACGGCGUCAUUCAGCCCAAGCGCGGACACUCGCUGCUCGACAGUCCGGAUCGCUUUGGCCUGGCCGGCCCGCCGCAGCCGCCGCGCGCCAUCAGCGAGCGCCACCUGGCGCACGCCGACUUCCGCCUCGACGACCCGCAGCCGCCUCGCGGCGAGGAGAGUGCGGCCGAUGAAGCGUCGCGCCGCACGUCUCACGCAUCGCUCGACGACGGCGCCACAGCUGCCGCGGCCAAGCUGCAGGCCGACACGGACGACAUGGCCAGCACGCCGGGCAACGAGAAGCUCAGUCGUGCGGCGGCCGUGCUGCGCGGCGCCACCGAGGCGCUGCAUCCUUCUGCCAAGAGUCCGCCGCAGAGCAGCGUUGAGCCGGAGCUGGCGGCGGCGGCGGCGGCCAGCGGCAGCGGCAGCUCGAGACGCAGGACAGGACACCGCGAGUCGCGAUCGCGCCGUGCCUCGCGCGACGAAGUCACGCCGAAGCCGCACCGCUCGCAGCCUGCAGGCUCGGGCGGCGGCGGCGGCGGCGGCGGCGGCGGCGGCGGCGGCGGCGGCACAGCGCUCAUCGUGCGCGGCCUCGACGAGUCGGACAGCGAGAUUGAGGGAGAGUACUAG